AUGGAAAAAGUCACUCCUCUGGAAGCUCUGCUGUUUACUGCUGUGCUAGAGAGUUGUGUGGAUCAGCUCUCCAUUCUUGGACAUAUCAUGCCAGUUUCAUAUAAGAACAAGACAGACCUCAGCCAUACUGGCACCCAGGAAAUGAAAGAAAUGAUAGAGACCCAGAAGGAGCUGGACACGAACCACACAGAGCUUAUGUCAGCAAGGCAAGAGAGUAGGGAAACAGUUACCUCCAUGGCCCUGAAAAACAUCAAACACAAACAGCAAGACCAAAAAAGCAUCCAUCAUCUUUCCAAAUGGGCCAGGAGGGAUCCUCUGUUUGUCGAGAAGCUCAGAAAAAUUCAGGCUGACAGGCAGUAUGCAAGUGAUGUAAUUGCAGACACUAUGAAAAAUAUGCAAGAAUCAGGAACAUUUAAUAGCCUAAUGGAAGCUAAUGAGAGAGAGAAGGCAAAAAGGAGAAAGUUUAAUGACCUCCUCAUCAGGGAGGAAGAAGGAAAGAAGGAGAUAGAGUCACUCCGAAAACAGCUGCAAGAUGUCAAGACACAAACUGAAAUAGACCUCCAGAACCGAGAUAAAAUUAUUGAUUGCCUCAAAGAGGAGUUCCAAGAGAUGAAGGCCAAAUUGGACAUUGAGUGCUGGUACGUAAAGAAAAGCACAGACCUCCAGGUCCACCAAACCCAGAAGAAGUGCAGGAAUACAGAGAGUAUCCUGGACGAGGAAAUUCAGAAUUUGAGAAGCAAAACUGAUGAGAAGAUUCGAGUCCACAUGGAAACUGAAAAUUUCCUCAGGCAACACCAUCAGAAGGUGGAAGAGAAGCUGGAAUACUGGAUGGACAAGUAUGAAAAUGACACUGAUGCGAAAGAUGAAGAACUGGAUGCCCUGAGAGCAUUAAAGGCAGACAACUUGGAAACGCUGCAGAGGUUUGCCAAGGAGUGCCUGACAUUCGAGGAAACCAUCAUCAGCAACCGGGCAGAAGAGCAGUCUAAAACGAGACAAGUAGAGCAGGAUACCCUGGAGCUGGAGAGCAUCCUGAAGCUGCAGGCCUGGUGGAGGGGUACAAUGGUCCGCAGAGCCCUUGGCCCCUACCAGGCCCUCAAGAAGAUUUGGAAUAAACAGCUAUCAAUGCAGAAUGAAAACGGGAGGAAGAAAAAAUAA